AAAAAUACAUUUCCAAAAGGCAUGGCCCGGGAAACCCUCCACAUGGGUUUACCCACUCAUUACAGUCUUCAAUUCAAAUAUUGAAGCGAAUCACAUCUAUCUCCAUGCAUAUGGCACUCGUGAACUCAUAGUCAAUAUGUACAUAUAGCUAGUAAUGAAAGGUAGUGUUAGUAGGUAGCCGUCAGUCAUGUGAAAAUUCCAGCAGCUAGCUGCAUAAAUCUUCACUGAUCUAGACCAGAAGGCGACCUCUCUCUCUCUCUCUCUCUCUCUCUCUCUCUCUCUCUGCUGAUUGAGGAGAAAAAGAAAAAUGGAAGGAGAGGGCCAAAUGGUCUCUCUGAGAUCACCUAUGAUUCAUAUUGCAGAAGAAAAUGGGUUUGGAUGCAAUGGGAAGAGGAGGGUUGAAAAGGGUUUUAAGAGAGAUGAGAUUACAGAGGAAGUGAGGAGGCAACUGUGGUUGGCUCUGCCUCUCAUCUCUGUUUGUCUAUUACAGUACCUUUUACAGAUAAUAUCUGUAAUGGUUGUGGGUCAUCUUGGGCAGUUGCCUCUCUCUGGUGCUUCCAUGGCCAAUGCUUUUGCAUCCGUCACUGGUUUUGACUUCUUGAUUGGAAUGGCAAGUGCAUUGGAUACCUUAUGUGGGCAGUCCUAUGGAGCAAAGCACUAUCACAUGCUGGGAGUUCAUAUGCAGAGAGCAAUGCUUGUUCUUUCUCUUGUAAGCAUACCCAUUGCUGUGAUAUGGGCAAACACAGGAUCCAUUCUCACAGCCGCACACCAAGAUCCCGACAUUGCAAGAGAAGCCCAAGUUUAUGCCCAGUACAUGAUCCCUUCUCUUUUUGCCUAUGGCCUCCUCCAGUGCCUUGGCAGAUUCUUGCAAACCCAAAAGAGUGUCUUCCCAAUGAUGAUAAGCUCUGGUAUUACCACUCUCCUUCACUUGCCUGUGUGUUGGCUUCUUGUCUUCAAAUUGGGCCUUGGAAUUAAAGGAGCAGCUUUGGCCAAUUGCUUCUCUUACUGGGUGAAUGUGCUGCUGUUGGUCCUUUAUGUCAAGUUUUCCCCUUUGUGUGUAAAAACUUGGACAGGCUUUUCGAGGGAUGCCCUUCGUGACACCUUCACUUUUCUUAGACUUGCUUUUCCUUCUGCUCUUAUGGUCUGUUUGGAAAUGUGGUCAUAUGAAUUGAUGGUUCUCCUAUCUGGUCUUCUCCCUAAUCCUAAGCUGGAAAGUUCAGUGCUUUCUAUCAGCCUCAAUACAGCUGCUGCAGUAUGGAUGAUUGCCUUAGGACAAAGUAGUGCCGUCAGCACAAGGGUUUCAAAUGAAUUAGGAGCUGGGCAUCCAGAAGCGGCACAAAGGGCAGUAUGGGUUGUGUUAAUGAUGGCCAUUGCUAAGGGUAUUGUGGUAGGGAUAAUCAUGAUUUUGCUGCGUGACAUUUGGGGCUAUGCAUACAGCAAUGAAACCGAGGUGGUGAGAUAUGUAGCAAACAUGAUGCCUAUUCUUGCAUUGUCCAAUCUCCUAGAUGGGGUGCAGUGUGUUCUUUCAGGCAUUGCUAGAGGAAGUGGUUGGCAGAAAAUUGGUGCAGUCAUCAAUCUUGGAUCAUACUAUAUAGUUGGAAUACCUGCAGCUAUCGUAUUAGCAUUUGUUCUCCAUAUUGGAGGAAGGGGGCUGUGGUUGGGGAUCAUUUUGGCCCUCAUCGUUCAAGUGACUUUUUUCCUUGUCAUUACCUUCAGAACUAACUGGGAGCAAGAGGCAAGUAAGGCUAAGGAAAGGGUUUGUGCCUAUGAAAUACCUGUGCACAUGCAGAGUCUCAAAUGACAUGACCGACACUACAUAUACCCAUGCAUACGAGGGAAGUAAUUACCAUGUAUUCACAGAGAUUAAAGAAGAAGGAUUAAUUGGGCCCUUGUUGAGCGAGAGCAGAGAGGUUUCUUUGGGUGGUGAAUUUUACUUAGCCAAAAAUAGACAUUGUUUUUGAGAGGUGGGAAAUGAGUUAACCAUAUAACAUUUUGGGUAUGAUAGGGAGAGAGGUGUUUUUCUUUUUUCUUUUUUUUCAGAUUGGUGUGGUCAAGUUGUGAUUUGAAGGUGAUUGGUAGAUGGGGUUAUUGUAUUUUUGGGUUAUGGGUCUUGCAUUCAUUUCCAUUUUGUGAUCCUUUUGUGCAAACAUUGUUUCAAUGCAAUGGAUGAAAUAACAAUUAGGAAGUGUGUAAGCGGAAUUCAAUUCAAUACUUCUUGUUAUUAUG